AUGAAAAAAACUGCAAACACAAAUUAUCACGAGAAUAUGAACACCCAAAAAUUGUUCAUUUUCCUUCUCGUAUUCCUUUCAGUUGUUACACUUCAAGAAGUAACAGCAUCCUUCAUCAACUCGAAGAAUAUCUACACGUUCGGCUACAUUUACUACUCUGGUUUUUCACCACUAGCCAUCACACCUGAUACUAGCACUCCAAUUGAAAAUGAUCUACUACCCAAAUAUCUAUUCAACGGCACCGAAUCAUGGAAAUUAAUAACAGGAAAUGAAACAACCACCACUACUAUGAACACUUCUGUUAAACUGCAACAAAUAGUUACGGGCAUGUCGGUGAUGUUUUACGUGUUGGAAUAUUUCAAUAGUGAUACGAAUAGUUCUCUUGGGCAAAGAAUUCUCGUCUCUGGAAGUAAUAUGAAUGGACAGGGAGCUGUUAUCAAACCACCCUAUAUCAUGUCUACUCCAGAAUUAAUUUACAUCUAUUCGAAAGAUGGACAAGCUUUUAAUCCCUUCUCUAAUUCGAAUAGGAUUAUUCACAUGGCUUGUUUGUAUUCAUGUUUGAUCGUGUCCAGUGAUGGUCAUGUUCGUUACCAUUAUGGACUGUUGGAAGUUGGUACUGGAAUUUGGAAUGUUCGAUUUAGUGCAGUUUCGUAUAACGAUCCAGAUAAUGGUCAAUUGUUAACUGGUGUGAAAUAUGUACAUGCUACAAUUGGUGGAUAUUAUGGUUGUGAAACAAUGUUUGCAGUUACUAAUUAUGGUCAUGUUUUUAGUAGUGGAUGUCAUAAUUCUGGAUUGAGAGGAACUUCCUCUUCCUAUUCAGAUACGAGUGUUAAUUUAAUUCCAUCAUUGAGGAAUAUUACAACAGUUUCGGUUGGUUUCUUGGAUGGAAAUGGAGAGACUGGCAAGACAGCUGCUGGAGCUAUUGAUGUGAAUGGAGUUUUGUGGACUUGGGGAAGUAAUUUUAAUGGAAUGUUGGGUUGGAAUUCGACACUAAAUGUUAGUGAAACAGCUCAACCUGUCACCUUAAUUCAAAACCCAGUAACACAAGUUUCAUUUGGAUUUUCACAUGCCAUUGUAAUGACAAAUAAUGGAGAUGUUUUGUGUUUUGGAGGAAAUCUUUACCAGCAAUGUGAUUUCAAUCUUCUGAUCCAUCAAUCAUGGUCCCUAAAAAAAUUGACAAUGUUACAAAUUCACUUUACUGCACUGCCAAGGAAUACAUUUCAAUUUGCAUUGUAA